AUGGCGAGGUCGAAGAAAUCCGUCCCCGCCGCCUUCCCGCCCGUCCCCAAGCGAUGCGUCGUCACCGGCGGCAUGGGCUUCGUCGGCCGUCGCCUGGUCGAGAUGCUCGUCGAGCGCGGCGCCGAGCGCGUGGUGGCGUUCGACGUCGCGCCGAGGCCGAGCGACGCCGAGGACGACGACCGCAUCGUGUGGUUUCAGGGCGAUCUCACGAAGCCCGAUGACGUCGAUCGAGCGUUCGAGGGCGCGGAGUGCGUGUGGCACAUCGCGGCGCUGGUCGGGCCGUAUCAUAAGCGCGAGCUGUACGACGCGGUGAAUCGCGUGGGGACGCUGAACGUGAUCGCGGCGUGCAAAAAGCACGGGAUUACGAAGUGCGUGAUGUCGUCGUCGCCCUCGACGCGGUUCGAUGGGAACGAUAUCAAUGGAAAGCGAGAGAGCGAAUUGGGUUUCCCGAAGGUGUUCUUGCAGGAGUACGCGGAGAGUAAGGCGAUGGGUGAGCAGGCGAUGAUGGACGCGUGCGACGGGAAGACGUUUUUUAGCGUCGCCGUGGCGCCGCAUCAGGUGUACGGACCGAGGGAUAUGCUGUUCAUGCACAACUUCCUGAUCAACGCCAAGAGGUUGAGGAUUUUCGGGAACGGGGAAAACUUGAUCAGCGUGUGUUACGUGGAUAAUUAUUGCCACGGGUUGAUUUUGGGCGAGCGAGCGUUGUAUCCAAAUUCGCCGGCGUUGAAGAAGUUUUACAUUUGCACCGACGGUGAGCCGGUCAAGCUGUGGGACUUCUUGGAUCGCGCAUUCGUCGAACUCGGCUAUCCGUCGUUGAAGAACAAGUUCAAGCUUCCCGGUUGGACUUUCAUGAUGCCGCUCGCGUACGCGUGCGACGCCGUCGGCUACCUGUGCGGCAAAAAGUUCAAACUUACUCCGUUCUCCGUGCGCAUGUUGCUCAUCAACAGAUGGUUCAACAUCGAGGCCGCGAAAAACGAUCUCGGGUACGAGCCGAUCUACACCCCCGACGAGGCGUGGGCGAAAACCAGAGAUUGGUUCGAAAAGGUUUGGAAGCCGAAGUAUGGAUGA